AUGUGUUCAGAUGUGAAGGCAGGCGUCCCCUCAGCCGCGGCUGCAGAAGCGUCGCUCGGACCUGUGCUGACACAGAGCCGAUCCGAGGACGAGGAGUCCACUGCUGUGAAGAGAACAGCCGCUCAGGCCUUCAGCGGACCUGGAAUGAUCCCCAAGCGCAGAAGCUCCUCCAGAUCAAUAAAGAGAAAGAAGUUUGAUGAUGAACUGGUUGAGAGUAGCCUUGCGAAAUCUACCAGUCGGGUCAAAGGUCAGCCAGUCAUUGAACCAAUCAGAUGCCCCGGCAGUGACCUCGCAAUCAGUGACAAAAAGAAGGGUUUAAAGUCUGCCAACUCUUUUACGCAUCCUCUCACCAUGGUGCUCGCUCCUUCAUCAAUGACCAAACGAAUGAAGAAGAACAAGCAGCCGUUACAGAUCACCAAAGACCUGGGCCGUUGGAAACCCACUGAUGACCUGCUGCUCAUCAAUGCCGUUUUACAGACCACAGAUCUCACGUCAGUUCAUCUGGGGGUGAAAUUCAGCUGUCGCUUCACACUGCGGGAGAUUCAGGAACGUGAUCUGAGUGUGUAUUUUCUGAGGGUUUGUCUGUUCCUCAGGUUGGCGUGGCAGUCCAUGAGACAGCUUCAUCCAGAGGCCAUCGCUGCUAUCCAGAGUAAAGCUCUCUUCAGUCAGGCAGAGGAAGCCCUGCUCGCUAAGAUCACCUCAAGCAGUCAGCCUAAGCUGGAGGUUUUUCAAGAUUUGCUGAACAAGCACCCGAAUGUGUUUUACCCAUCACGCACUGCUAAGAAUCUGAUGGUCCACUGGCAGCUGCUCAAGCAGUACUAUCUGCUGGAGGAUCAGAGCGUUCAACCUCUGCCUAAAGGAGAGCAAGUGCUGAACUUCUCUGACGCCGAGCAGGUGGUCGAUGAUGCCAAACUCAAGGACAGCAGGGAUGAAGUCUUAGAGCAUGAGCUGAUGAUUGCAGAUAGACAUCAGAAGCGUGAGAUCAGACAGCUGGAGCAGGAGCUUCCUCGCUGGCAGGUGUUAGUGGACAGCAUCACAGGCAUGAAUUCACCAGACUUUGAUAAUCAGACGCUGGCAGCUCUACGUGGACGGAUGGUCAGAUAUCUGAUGAGAUCUAGAGAGAUCACACUGGGACGAGCUACCAAAGACAAGCAGAUAGAUGUAGAUCUGUCUUUGGAGGGGCCUGCUUGGAAGAUCUCCAGGAAGCAAGGGAUCAUUAAACUGAAAAAUAAUGGAGAUUUCUUCAUCGCUAAUGAAGGCCGAAGACCCAUUUACAUUGAUGGACGACCAGUUUUAUCUGGAAACAAGUGGAAACUCAACAACAAUUCUGUGAUGGAGAUUGCAGGUCUUCGCUUCGUGUUUCUGAUCAAUCAGGAGUUGAUUUCUCUCAUUAAAGCUGAAGCUGCUAAGAUGAACCAGGCAUGAUGCUGACUCAUCUGUUCACGAGCUGUCAAACACCAUUCAGUCUGACACAGCAGCAAGACAGGAGCUGUACUGUCCCAUCUUUAUCUCUAAGCAGAGUCAUACACAGAAGACCUUUCAGCACGAGGUGAUAGAGGCCCUCAAAGCAACAGCUGAGCCGGGGUCUGGAGCUCAGAUUGAAGGAAAAUCAUUUGGAAAUGAAUUGGACAUUUUAUAUGCCUGUUAUUUAAGCCACAUUUGGACAGAAAGAACUGACUGUUUGUGAGCUUUGUGUGUGUGUGUGUAGAUUUGCUUUUUUUAUUUUAUUUUAUUUUUUUUUAUUAUUAAUUUGUAUAAGAGAAACUGUUAGUUUUGUUGACUUGUACAUUUAUUGUUUGUUUAUACUUCAAACCCAGUGACCUUGUAUUGUCGAAGCAAAGACAGUAUGCUAAUAUUCUGCCAUGACAGAAAUAGUGUAAAUAUAUUCAUAAAGACUGAUUAAAACAGAAAAAAAGCCA